AUGGUUGAUCUGCCAAUCAUGGGGAUAGAUGAUUCGAUUAAUGUUGAAGAUUUUGAAGAGUUUUUGCAAGAUGAAAUCUUUGUAGAUUAUUUCAACACUUUUUUAUCACUACCGGUAAGAAUUACAUUGUUGUUUUAAACCCUGUUUUAAACCGUUAUUAAUCUAGCUUACACAAUAAAGUGUUCUUUUUCUUUGGUAUUAAACGAGCAAUAAUACAAGUUGUUUUUUCAGUCAUAUACCUGGUUGGCGCGUACUUAGCGCUUUUUGCAUUCGCAUGAGAUGCAGAAAGAUUCAGUCUCCUUUGUUGGCGAAUUCGAGCACAGCCGUAACGAAUUCCCAUCUGUAAACAAAUGCCGGAAUCAGACAAACUUACGUAUGGUUCUGAAUUUGUUAUUUUUUUUUAUCUUUCCAGAUUUUCCCACGACGGUUCCUGUAUCGACCACGACGUCAGAAAUUCGAUGUUGAUCCACCUUUUAAAAAUUUUCAAGUAAGUCGCGAUAUGUCAGUAAACUAAACUAUAUUGAUGCUAUAGAUAGCCCAAUCAUUUCUCAACUGUUAUCACCAUUGCAGAGGUCGAGCGAGGGCCAUCCCGUAUCUGUCUACUGUUAAUACAGGGGAAACCGGAGUAUCCAAAGAAGACUUGCGGUUUGGUAGAGCACUCUUCCCAUAAUCUUUCAUUGGUAGGGAUGAAACUACCUGAAAAAAUAUAUUAAAAGCUCAUCAUGUAUGCACUGUUUGUUACUGAGCUACUCUGUAAAGUAAAGUAAAGUAAAGUAAAGUAAAGUAAAGCUAAAUGAAUAUUGAGAGGUGUUUCACUAUGUUCCAUCGUAUUAUUUAGAUAGACAAAAAUAUUUUGUCAGCGUGGAUUUCAACCGAACGUUUACCAUUGUUUUGGAAGACAGAUUUAUUCCUGGAUUACAUGUUAUGUAAACUGUUGAUUUCGCCUCCUGAAAGUGAAGUAAAAACGCAAGGUAAAGUUUUCUAAUUUUAAUUUUUUUAACUGAUAUUUGUACAGUAUGACUAUAAAGCCGGUUUUCAACUAGGCGGAAUUUUGCGCGCGGAGCGGAAUUCUUCUUUGUUUAAUUGUUUCUAAUUAUGUCACGAACGAUCAUUGCUUACUUAGAUGCUUUCAACAUUUUUCAGUAUCACAAAUGGUAGAUGAAAAAACGCUUCGAAAACACAUCGGGAAUUUAAUUGGCAUGCAGAACUUUCGCUACUACACCAAAGGAACGAUGGGCGAAUGCAUUCUAAACUUCUGGCGCGAAGCUGAACAAUUCCGUCGUCACACAAGACCAGAAUUACGCCGUUUCGUCUUUCGGGAGAUACAGUUCAAAUACCUAACCAAUGGUGCAGCUUAUGAAGUGCCAGAUGCCAUAAAAUGGCGCGUAUAUGGUGACGAAUCAGCGGGGAAACUUUUGAAAAAGAUUUCCAAAAAUGUGUCUAUUUUUUCGGAGAAUAUUUUCGUAGCAGCUCAAGGUUUGGUGGUCGAGAAUUUGUUUAAGUAUUGGGUACCGAAGUACAUACUACACAGAUGUAGAGAAAUGGUAACAACCUUUCAACAGCGACGAUUGAGUCGAGCCGUCGUGGCUAGACAUUUGAAAGAGAUUGUUAAGGUUAAUCCAAUGGAUACCGUCCAAGAAGACCUUGAGAAUGACACAGAGAAAGGUGGGAAAUAAAAUUGUAGAAGGAUGGGAAUUUCGAGUACAUUUAUUAGAUCUAAUCAGGAGAGGUUACAGACCCUAUAACAACAUGUUCUACUUAAUGUUAAUGUCGUUAAGGUGUGCUUGAAUUUAUCGAAGAAGACGACGAAUACGAGAAAGAAAAGAAUGCAUUCUUUGAAACAAACCGUGUUUCUUCGACCGAGAGUGACAAUCGUGAUGCUGAAAGAGCGAGCAGGAAUGGCAGUCCUUUCUUACCUGAGAUUAAACGAAGUAGUACGUUAGUUUUGGCAAGUAGGGAUUUGAAGGUAAUGUUAGUUAAUUAACACAUGAAGACCUUUGACUCCAUUACGGACUGCGCACCAAAUGCCACCAAUGACCUCUCGCUCUUUUACUUUAGUCUGUACAGUAUAAGGGUUGAUCUUAAUAUGCAAACAGUGAACAACUUUAGAAACAGAGACGUAGCCACUUGGUGGAGAUGAAUCCCCUUCCCUUCCCCCCGCUUUUCUUCAGAACCAAUGUUGUAAUUCUUCCAAAGCUGAGGAGACAUAAUCUUCCAAAGCUGAGGAGACAUUUUCAUCUAUGACAUAAAAUAUGCCAAAUCUGUGGCUUUCAGAAUAUCACAAACUGUGUUUAAGAUACAUGCAUGCAUAGCCUUUUGUAGACCCUAAAAAAAUAGGAAACUUUUCUGGGGGACCAUGCCCUCCCCACUAGUUCUGUGUAUUCGACGAUUGGGCUGCCACUCCUUUAGGGAUGGCUACGCUUCUAAAUCUCUUUGCUUUAUUUAUUGCUCAUUACUUUCAUUAUGUAUUCAUUCUUGUAACUGCAGAAUGAGCAGUACUUGUUGUAUGAUACUGCUUCGCGUAUUAACCGCUUCUUUGCACGUACCAAAUCAUAAUUUAAAAAAAAUUUACACUCUAGGAUCAUGGAAGGAGUGAAAGCUUAAAAUUGCCCUCCCUGUCUCCCCAAUCAAAUAUCUCAGAAGCGAACGAUGAUGAAAAUUCUGUUCCGAACGAAAGAUUUCAUAGAAAACAGACGCGGCAGUUUGAUAUUAAAGAAUUUCUGAAACUUUCCACGCCAUUUGCUAUGACCAAGAACGGUGAAACAGCGAAAAUUAAAACAGAUACGCAUUUGAAAAAGCAUGUCAAAGGUAAGGGUUUAAAGGUUUUCAGGUAAUUCCUUGGGGUUUAGGAUUGCAUGAGGCUUUACUUUUCUUCUUCUAUUAUUUGCAUACACGCGCGUAAAAUCUCACUGCUUGUAGCAGGUCUGCCAACAAGUCGUCAACAAGUUGUGUUCGCACCCCCAAGUUGUCGACAAGUUUGGAACAAGCUGUGAACAACUUGUAACAAUCUUGUUGAUGAUAUUUGCUGUGUUGGUGUAAUGUACUCAGGUGAAUAAGAUGCUUGUGUGAUGUUACUCUGAGUGUAUAUCCACACCGGGCAGGCUGGCCCAAAGGUCGUAGGUUCGAUUCCCACCGUGGCCAGGCAUAUAUUUCAAACCUGCCCGGUGUGGAUAUACACUCAGAGUAACAUCACACAGGAAUCUUGUUGAUAUUGUCAGACUUGUUGCAAGUUGUUUCAACAAGUCCGAUACAGUCAUGAUACAACAAUAUUGUUACAAUCUUGUGUCGUCAACCUUGUAACAUUCUUGUUAUAUCAUGACUGUAUCAAACUUGUUAGAACAACCUUGUAACAAGUCUGAUAACACCAUCAAGCUUGUUACAACUUGUUAACAGCUUGUUCCAAACUUGUUACAACAACUAAGAACGAGCAGUGGGAACACAAUUUGUCAACAGCUUGUGAACAGAUUUGUAACAACUUGUUUGCAGACCGGUAACAAUUUGUGCAACGGAGUGCGCACUCCGCCUUUUUACAAUGCCCGUUUUUACGUGUGUAGGCUGGCAGCGCGUGUGGCAAUUAGAUGUAAUAAGAUGUGUUAAUUUAAUUGCACUGAUUGUGCCCUGUUGUUAUCAUCUUGUAACAAGGUUGACGAAGCCAACAGACUCGUAACAAGUUGUUUCAACAAGUCUGAUAUCCUCUGCACGUAACAAGUUGUUAACACAUUGAUGCAUGACAACAAGCUCGUAGUAACUUAUUACGAACAGCCUGUGUUAAUCUUAAUUGUUGGAAUAACUUGUAGCAAAUCAACCUUGUAACAAGGAGAUAAAGUCUGGUUCACACUAGCAAUUUUGUCGGCGAUUUUGUGUUUCUGACGGAUGCAAAUGAGUGAACUCGCACACGAAAGUAUAGACUGAGUCGCUUUUCAGAGGUAAACAGUUCUAAGUCUUUUGCAUGUCAUUCAUUCGAUCACAUUUGCCAGGAGGAGAAAAAUCGCCCACAGAAUAGACAACUUGCAACAGCAUGUUACACUAAUUUUUGAUUUAGAAAAAAAAAAUGUGAAUUCCCGUAAAGAACUUAUCAAAAUCAGUAAAAUUGCAAAAUUUGGUUACGAAAUGUUGUAAAAUACAGAAAAUAUAGCCUUGCGAAGUUUGCAUAUUUUCAGUAUAUUUGUAUUACGUGCGGUAAAUGGUAACAAUUUCCGCACGUAAUACAAAUAUACUGAAAAUAUGCAAACUUCGCAAGGCUAUAUUUUCUGUAUUUUACACUAACAUUUCGAAACCAAAUUUUGUAAUUUUACUAAUUUCAUUACGUUCUUUUUAACUGUUGUGUUUGAUUCCCUUCUCUUUACUUAGAUUAAAAUUUAGUCUAACAUGCAAGUUGUCCAUUGCUAAUGUUCCAGACUUGUCGCAACAACUGGGACAGUAACUUUGUUACAACUUGUUUACAGAUCUGUAACAAAUUGCGCGUUUCCACGUUCAUCCCGCACACAUUUUCAUAUUUAGAUACCCCUGCCUUAGGCGAAGGUACUGCAAUACUGGACAAGAUCUCAGCGACCAGUCUUGUGCAGAUAAUCAAACCGAACUACCACGAGGAAAUACCCAAGACACCAUUGAGUGCUUAUCAUACGACAUCUGCCAUAUGGAGCUCAGAAGAAAGUAAGCUACAUUUUUUCAUUCUGUCAUUAUAGUAAGCUUAAUUUACUAAACGUAUUUGUAUAGCUAAUGAGUAAUGGACCAAUCCCCAAUUAAUUUCUGUGCGUAAUACCAAAUGACUGAAAAUUGCAAACUUCGCAAGGCUAUAUAAUCCGCAUUUUACAACAUUUUGCAACGAACCUUUGGAAUAUUACUAAUUUUGUGAUGCUCUUUCAAGCUGUGAUGAAAUUUUUGUUUAGGCUAAUUAAGAUCAAAAUUUUGGAAAAGUGGUAACCAUUUCCCGUUUGUAAUCUAAAUGACUGAAAAUUGCAAAUUUCGCAAGGCUAUAUUAUCCGCAUUUUACAACAUUUCGCAACGAAUUGAAACUUUGGAAUAUUACUAAUUUUGUGAUGCUCUUUCAUUCAAUGAUGAAAUUUUGUCUAGACUUGUAGAGAUCGAAAUUUUGGUUAAUUGGGGAAUGAUCCAUUUUGGAUAUGUUGCAUCAUAGUGCUCGUGCAAGGAAGCAAAAAACUUUGAAAAUCUUAUGUUUUGUCAUAUGUGUUGAAGAUUACCACUGAUACAAACGCAGUUUUUAAUCCAGUCCCACCUCGGCAAUCUGACGUCCGUGUUGACAAAAUUAAAAUUAUAAAAAUCAUAUUAAAAUUAUGUACUAUUUAAAACACGAGCAGGAGCGCUUUAUCAGAUAUAAAAAAGGGCGACAGCCGAGUGUUUUAUAUCUAAUAAAGCACGGACUGCGAGUAUUUUAAAAAUGGCUUAAAAACGACCCAUCUUAUGAGUUCAUUACGUUCUCGAAGCCGAGAGAACGAACCAAAGCUUUAUGUAAAAUGACAUGAUUUUAUCACAUAUAAAACCACGGUAGUGAUUUCCUUUGUCUUUUUUCUUCAUGAAUUAUUAUGAGUUUUUUAAUAUUAUUAAUAUUAUUGAAUUUAUUAAUAUUAUUAAUAUCAAUGUUAUUAAUGAUGCUUGUGAUGUUACUCUGAGUAUAUAUCCACACUGGGCAAGCUUGAAAAAUAUGCCUGGCCACGGCGAAAUCAUGAUUACUAGAUUACAUUGAUAUCGAAGGAACUAGAUUCUGUUCCGAAAUAUCACGUACUCGAACCGACCUGACCGCGUAGCUCAGUUGGCAGAACAUUGGGCUAGUAUUCCAAAGGUCGUAGGUUCGAUUCCCACCUUGGCCAGGCAUAUUUUUCAAGCUUGCCCAGUGUGGAUAUACACUCAGAGUAACAUCACAUGCAUCAUAUUGACCUGAGUACACCAACACAGGAAAAAAAUAAUGUUAUUAAUAUUAGUAAUAUUCAUGAUAUUAUUAAUAUUAUUAACAUUAUCAUUAUAUUAUUAUUCAUAUUAUUAAUAUCUCUGGGAACGUCAAAGCCUAUGGUCUUUUUAAUCUUUUUCAAAUGCUUUAAUUUUAAUGUUUCAUUCACUUUCACCCAGUAAAAUCGAAAGAUGACCAUGGCCUGUUCCUACCAUCAAUUACAGCAGAUCGUUUGGCCGGAGGUCCGUUCAAAACUUACCUAAAAUCCAUCAACAACCUUUGCUGCUUGGCACAUCUUCAGUUUUGGGAGGAUGUUCAAGCAUACAUAGCGAUGACUACCUCUAGUGUGGUCGAUUUGAAGUUUAGACUGGGCAGAAAUCUUAUAGUGACGUAUUUACAGCGUGGCAGCAUCAGAGAAGUGAAAUUGGACUGGAGACUAAGGGAGCGACUUUGUUAUUUAUUGCGAAGAGGACAGGUUGAUAUGAUUCUGUCGAAAAUUGCUGAUGGGUUAUUAGAAGUAAGAGACUAUACUCUAUGAUGCUAUUUAACCCAUUAAGUGCAGGCAUGCGUCCUCAUGCGCCCUACCCUACUUGAUGGCAUUAUCAGACUUGUUACAAGAUCAUUCUAACAAGUCUGAUACAGUCAUGAUAUAACAAGAAUGUUAUCAGGUUGAUGACACAAGGUUCCAAACCUGUUGACAACUUGGGACAAGCAGUGCGACCACAACUUGUUGACGACUUGUUGAUAGACUUGCUAUACAGGAUGUGAGAUUUUUGCAUGUGAUACGCUUGAUAUAUUUGUUUGGGAGCGUUGUCUUCCUGCUGUCAUAAACGCGAAAGGUUAGUUUUCUGACCUCAGAAUCACGGCAUUUCGUCAAAUUUUUUCCCUCAAGAUUGGUUUAGAAACAAACCUGGAGUAGGUUUAGGAUUAGGGUAGGGUUAGAGUUGGUUUUUGGAAUAGGGUUAGUGUUAGUAAAACCGUUGCUUUGUUACGUUUUGUCACUCUCAGGCCAGCGAAAUAACCUCUAAUUCCAUCAUAAACUGUCAUUCAACUGGACGCAACGUUUAAAAUUUUUCGUACAUGGAAACAUGAACUUGUCAUUUAUGAUUAGCUCUUUGGACCUGGACUUUGCAGGUUUUGUGGUCAGAUUGCACAUCAGAAUCCCAGGGCUACAGGUUUCACUUUUACCGGGAGAGGGCCCUUACAGAAUGCUUGUAUAGUUGAACUUUCCCUAACUGCUCCCGGUGAGAUCGUGUCUAAAACUGGAAUAACUUGACUCAAUUUAUUUUAAAUUUAGGUAUUACUUGAGCCAUGGCAAAGCUUUGUUCAAGCUGAUAAAGAAAACUUGAAAAACGUCGUGGUAAGUCAUCAAAGGCUACUGUGGGUUUUCAAAUUGUAUCAAGUGUAUCAAAUUUCACUAUACUUUUAGCCACGGAGGUCUGUGGCUAAAAAGUAUAUCAGAUUUCAGUACACUAUUUAGCCACAGAGGUCUGCGGAAAAAGUGUAUCAACUUUCACUAUACUUUUAGCCACGGCAUCUGUGGCCAAAAAGUAUUUCAGUACACUUUUUAGCCACAGAAGUCUGUGGAAAAAGUAUAUCAAAUUUCACUAUACUUUUAGCCACGGAGGUCUGUGGCUAAAAAGUAUACCAGAUUUCAGUACACUAUUUAGCCACAGAAGUUUGUGGAAAAAGUGUAUUAAAUUUCAUUAUACUUUUAGCCACGGAGGUCUGUGGCUAAAAAGUGUACCAGAUUUCAGUACACUUUUUAGCCACAGAGGUCUGUGGCUAAAAAGUGCAUCAAAUUUCACUAUACUUUUAGCCACGGACGUCUGUGGCUAAAAAGUAUACCAGAUUUCAGUACACUAUUUAGCCACAGAGGUCUGUGCAAAAAGUGUAUCAAAUUUCACUAUACUUUUAGCCACGGCAUCUGUUGCCAAAAAGUAUUUCAGUAUACGUUUUAGCCAUGGAGGUCUGUGGCUAAAAAGUAUAUCAAAUUUCACUAUACUUUUAGCCACGGAGGUCUGUGGCUAAAACGUAUACCAGACAGGGCCUUUUUUAAGGAUUUUCCCGUGGGGGGGGGGCAUUUUUUGAAAAGGGACCUUUCUGUGAGAUAAUAUAUUAGAGGGGGAUAGCAAUGGCUGAAAGCCACGUGUGUGGCAAAUAUACCACGCAUGAAUGGGGGGUCUGGGGGUGUACUCCCCCAGAAAAUUUUUGAAAUUUGACUCCCGGAAAUAUCAUUUCCUGCAUUCUGAGCAUCCAAAUUUGCUCCAAAAUUUAUCCUAACUAUACUUGUAUUUGAAAUAAAUAAAGGAAGAAACACACAAAAAGUAAAAAAAAAUUAACCAUCAUUUAUCAUUACUUAUUAGAGGAGGAUAGCAAUGGUCAGGUGUGUGGGGGUGUACUCCCCCAGAAAAUUUUUGAAAUUUGAACCACAGAAAUGCCAUUUCCUGCAUUCUGAGCAUCCAAAUUUGCUCUAAAAUUUAUGCUAACUAUAGUUGUAUUUGAAAUAAAAGAUAGAAAAAUGCACAAAAAGUAAAAAAGAAUAUUAACUGUAAUUUAUUAUUACUUAUUAGAGGGAUAAUCCCAAGAAAAUUUUUGAAAUUUGAAACCGUGAAAUGCUAUUUUCUGCAUUCUGAGCAUCCAAAAUAUAAAAAAAAUAUUAACAAUAAUUUAUCAUGGCUUAGUGGUAAAAAAAGUAACAAUUUAAAUCGAUUUUGUUAAACAAGAACAAAGGAUAAAGCUUACAACUUACUUUCCGUUUAUCUAUUUGUUAAUCUUCGCUGGAUUGUUUGUAUAAUUUUAGGAAAAAGGGACUUUUCCUGGGGGGGGGCAAAAUGUGAUUUCGUGGGGGGCACAAGGGGGGACUGGGGGGCAAAUGCCCCCCCCCCAGCUUGUAUGUUAAAAAAGGCCCUGAUACCAGAUUUCAGUACACUUUUUAGCCACGGAGGUCUGUGGCUAAAAAGUAUAUCAAAUUUCACUAUACUUUUAGCCACGGCAUUUGUGGCUAAAAGUAUAUCAAAUUUCACUAUACUUUUAGCUACGGCGGCUGUGGCUAAAAGUAUAUCAAAUUUCACUAUACGUUUUAGUGUAGCUAAAACGUAUACCAGAUACACUUUUUAGCCACGGAGGUCUGCGACUAAAAAGUGUAUCAAAUUUUACAAUACUUUUAGCCACGGAGGUCUGUGGCUAAAAAGUAUACCAGAUUUCAGUACACUAUUUAGCCACAGAGGUCUGUGGAAAAAGUGUAUCAAAUUUCACUAUACUUUUAGCCACGGAGGUCUGUGGCUAAAAAGUAUACCAGAUUUCAGUACACUUUUUAGCCACAGAGGUCUGUGGCUAAAAAGUAUACCAGAUUUCAGUACACUUUUUCGCCACAGAGGUCUGUGGCUAAAAAGUGUAUCAAAUUUCACUAUACUUUUAGCCACGGAGGUCUGUGGCUAAAAAGUAUAUCAGAUUUCAGUACACUUUUUAGCCACGUGGCUAAAAAGUGUAUCAAAUUUCACAAUACUUUUAGCCACGGAGGUCUGUGGCUAAAAAGUAUACCAGACUUCAGUACACUAUUUAGCCACAGAGGUCUGUGGGAAAAGUGUAUCAAAUUUCACUAUACUUUUAGCCACGGCAUCUGUGGCCAAAAAGUAUUUCAGUAUACUUUUUAGCCAUGGAGGUCUGUGGUUAAAAAGUAUAUCAAAUUUCACUAUACUUUUAGCCACGGAAGUCUGUGGCUAAAAAGUAUACCAGAUUUCAGUACACUUUUUAGCCACAGAGGUCUGUGGCUAAAAAGUGUAUCAAAUUUCACUAUACUUUUAGCCACGGAGGUCUGUGGCUAAAAAGUAUACCAGAUUUCAGUACACUUUUUAGCCACAGAGGUCUGUGGAAAAAGUAUAUCAAAUUUCACUAUAAUUUUAGCCACGGAGGUCUGUGGCUAAAAAGUAUAGGCCUAAUACAGUAGACCUAAUGCGAAUUUAAGCAAUUUAAGGCGAGUUACACUCCAGAGUAGGCUUAAACUUAAACUAAACUAACUUUAUUUGUACUGGAUAGCUCUCUAUCAGUUCUCGAAGGUUUUUCCUAGAGAUUCAGUUACCAUUCUGCCACCAAUAUGACUAUACUAAUAUGGCUACUGCUUAUUUUAUGGUCAGAUAAUGAACACAAGAAGAAAAUCAUUGUGCCUGGAUGAAGCUAUGCAAGAUGGCGACCAGAAAGAGCCAUUUCGUACGCUCCGCGCAUUAGACCUUGCCUUAUGUUUAGGCGUGGGAGGUAAGAGAUCAACUUUCUACAUUUGUGGCUUUCUUACAGACUUGGAUUUAGAAAGCCGUUGGUUUAGUUUAGUUAAGUUUAGUUGAGCCGGUGAUAUAUGCAGUUGUUACAGGCUUGUUGCAAACUUGCAUAAUGCUGUACAUGUUCUUGAAUGUAGCUUUUCAUAAGGGAGUGUUCAUUACUUAUACCCAGGGUUGGUACCGAAGAGAAAUGGGUUGGAUAAGCCAUUUUUCUGGUGUAUGAAGGGUUGGGUAAAUAUUUUUUGAACAAGCCUAUGGUUGGGUAAACUAUUUUCAAUACAAACUUUCACUUGAACAAAAUAUGAAAAUCCUUUAUUUAAGAAAAUGGAUCAUUCCAGGAAAUAACAUGAAAUGAACUUGUGAAAUGAACUUGAAACAUAUGAAAUGAACUUGAAACAUAAUAUGAACUUGUGAAGGUACAAAUUAUUAUAUUUGACAUUCAGUUAGUGCACCAAAUAUGCACAGUAGCUACUGUUUAUACUGUAAUGGUCUAGCUUGUAUAAUAAUAUAUAUGUAUAUAUGUAAAAUACUUCUAUAAUUUUGAAAUUGGGUUGGGUAAAGUAAAAAUUUAAGUCAUGCAAUAGUUGGGUAGGGAAAAAAAUGGUUGAUCGAAAGGGUGGGUGGUUGUUUUUUUCUCUUUUCGAUUAGUUUCUCUUCGGUACCAACCCCGGAUAUAAAUAAUGAACACUCCCUAAAGUGAUCUGAUGUUGUAUACAGAACGCAUUGCUGAGUUAAGCAUGGUUCAAUCAUGCAGAGAUAGUACAUGUUUUUGAAAUGGGCUACCCCAUAAAGUGAUAUGAUGUAGUAGAGAAUAAGAUAUGGUUAGAUCAUGCAGAGGUAGUACAUUUUCUUGAAUGUGUGCUAUGAUAAAGUGACCUGACGUUGUAGCUGGAAUUAGAUAUAGUUCAAUCAUGCAGAGGGUAGUACAUGUCUUUGAAUGUGGAUUACCGUAAAGUGAUCUGAUGUUCUACAGAAUUAGGCAUGGUUCAACCAUGCAGAGGUAAAAUUAAAUUCCUGCGAGUAGAGUUAAGAUAAAGGCUGAACUCCGAUCACAAGGGGUGAAGGGGGCAUACACUAUCCUAUGUGCCACCAAUAUCCCUCUACAUUCCCUACAGACUUUCAACAAAUGGACGUAGAGGAAGAUGACGACGUCACGUCAGAUAGCGAGGAAGAACAGAACGACGAAGACGAGGGAAGUUUAAGGAAAAGACGUUUGACAGUCGUGAACGAACAAGCUGCCGUAGCACUGGUCUUGGGACCUGUUCAAGAAGAAACUUUGGAAGAAAAUGCACGAAGGAAAUCACAUUUCUAUGGCAAGGUAAUCAGAAAGCCGAGAAAAUCCAGCCUGUUUCAGUCCUCCGCGUUCAAGACACGACCACCGAAACCAAAGUAAGUUUAAAUAUAUAGCUUUUUGCGUUAGUAGUACAGUGAUUAAGUCUGGUUUUCAUAUGGUUGUAACUGUCGCGAACGUGUCGUGAAGUAUUUGUCGUGAAUGAUUUUUAUGCUUGUUUCAAUAUAGCUAGUGAGUUGUAACUAUCGUGACACUGUCGCAAGUGAGUUUCGUACCCAGGGAUUGUAUAAGCAGCUGGUGGCAGUUUUAAAAAGACAAACAUGGUCCUUCCAAAGGGGACCUUUGCCCCCCAACCUGAUUGUAGCAAAACUGUUGCCACGUUGUCGUUUUUCUGUUUCCAUUAAAACACAACCGUCACGGCACGUUUUUAGCCUGUCGCAACUGUCGUCGAGAUAGAACUCGAGCCUAUCUCGAUGACACUGUUGUAACUGUCGUGAACUGUUGCCAGCGUGUCGUAACACGGCUUUUCUUCAUGUUUCCAUUCGGUGGCGAACACCACUCUGACGACGUACAGUUUCAACAACUGACUACAGAGCAGCGAGUAUUUGUCGUAACACUGACUUAGGGGCCGAUUACAUGGAGAACUUUCAACCCCGGGGUUGAACUCAGCCCUGUUAACCGGGUUGAAAUCUUUUGCGAUUACAUGGACGAUUUCAACCCCGGGGUUGAAACGCUAUACUAUACGUUCUCGGCAUCGAUUCCCGGAAGUAAAAAAGCCUUUAUUUUGUUUUCUUGUAAUAAAUAAUCACUACCACGUAUGCUCGAAUAACUCAUGAUAAUUUCAGCCCUGGGUUGAAACGAUUACAUGACAAAAUUUUCAACCCAGGGCUGAGUUCAACCCCGGGGUUGAAAUUUCAACCCUGCUAGCUGAAGCAGGGUUGAAAUUUCAACCCCGCGGUUGAACUCAGCCCUGGGUUGAACAUUUUGUCAUGUAAUCGCGCGUUUGAUUUUGAUAGAGUUUUGUAUUACAGACAGGGCUGAAAUUUCAACCCGAUAAACAGGGCUGAGUUCAACCCCGGGGUUGAAAAUGCUCCAUGUAAUCGGCCCCUUAUAUGUUAACGCAAAGUGUAACCGAAGUGUUAAACUAUUUGGACGAAGGGAAAUUAUAAAUACUUCCGCCGUUAACGUUCAUUUACAAUUAAAUUAAAUUCCCAAAGGUAUAAUAACGCACAAGAUUGAUUUCUAAAGGGGGACUUUUUUUGGAUACCUUAUAAUACAUUUAUACCUUUUUUUCUGUGUUAGUGCAAUGUACUCAGGUGAAUAUGAUGCUUGUGAUGUUACUCUGAGCUAGUAUUCCAAAGGUCGUAGGUUCGAUUUCCACCGUGGCCAGGCAUAUUUUUCAAGCUUGCCCGGUGUGGAUAUACAUCCAGAGUAACAUCACAAGCAUCACAUUUACUUUUAUACCUUCCAAUCAUGUUAACAUAAUAAACAAAUUAUUAUUGCCAUUAUUUUAAUAUAUUGAUGUUACUAGGAAAUUUACAGACAUUCUAUCUGAUACGGUACAAUUAUUAUGGUUAAAACGAUUCCUGAGUGAUCAUGGUGGCAUUACACCUCUCAAAUUUUGGCAAGACGUGGAACGCAUGAAAACGCAGAGUAAAGAUAGUCGAGCCAGACAGACGAAAGCAAGAGUGAUUGUUAAGCAAUAUUUUGCAAAUACUGACGAUCCAAGUAAGAAUUUUGUUUAUUGAUUGUUUAUUGACUAGUUUCUCACUCAGCUUUACAGUCAACUCGGCCCACUAACCAACUCGGCCCACUGUUCAAGAGCCAACUCCACCUGCUUGUAAACUGACUAACCUAACCGCUAAACAAGCUAGGAGCCAUGACUGGGUUCUAUCUUUGCAAAUGUUGAGAGAGAUUUGAAUGGUCAGUAAUUUAGUAUCAAAAUGGACAGAUCGAGAAUUUGAAACUUGGAUAGAUUCUUUAAUUAAAUUAAGUCAAACUGGAUGUUGUCAAACUUUACUCAUCUGUACGCCUAAUGCAACUGCAAAUGGCUGUAUAGGUUUGGUGCUAUCUUUUGUGAAAUAUUAGCUUUCCUAAUAUGUCAAACAGUAGUUAACAAUUGGGCCAACAUGCAUGGUAUGGGCCGAGUUGGUCAGUGGGCCGAGUUGACCAGCUUCCCUCACUCAUUGGUGAGCGGAUUUGGUGAGAGGAAAACAUCAGGCAUGAUUUGUUCGGCCCAGAACCAUUUCCAGUAUAUAGAUCGCGCUAUUUGCACUACACACGUAAAAACGCACAAGUUGUUACAGGCCUGCAAACAAGUUGUUACAAAUCUGUUCACAAACUGUCGACAAAUUGUGUUCGCACUGCUUGUUCCCAGUUGUUGUAACUCAUCACAAGCUUGAUGACAUAUUGACAUUAUCAGACGUGACAAGGUUGUUCUAACAAGUCUGAUUUUAUUUUUAAAUUGUUGUUAGGUAAACAUCUUCAGUGUAGAGCAGAAAUUAUCAGGGAGAUACCACGCAUUGAACACGUGACGCCAGCCAUGUUGGUGUCCGCUCAAGCUUGUGUUAUUCGUAGUUUAGAAGAACUAUGGUAGGUUGAAGAAACAGGGCAGGAAUCAAUACUCAGGGUUGGAAACUCAGGAAAAGGAGAGCUCUGCGAGACACGGAAUAAGAAUGGAAGACAACGGGGGGGGAGAAAGAUAAAAAUAAAGGAAGAACCUGCCAACGCUCUUCCGGAAAUCAAACGUCGUGGGUUUUCUUCGGAAGCUCCGGUUUCCUCCGAUCCCACUUGGAAAGUUGACAGGGUAGGAUAGCAUAAACAUGAUUAGGAAAGUAAUAUCACAAGUUGUAAUGCAUGUAAGUAAGAAUAAUAUAUGAUGUACGUAAUCGGUCAGUGAAAAGCCACAAUGGGGACUGAACUGAAAAAAAUGUACGGUGUGGUUGCUAAACUGAUGAGAAAUUUUUUUUGAAGGUUCAACAGGUAUCUUGCAACAUUCCCAGAGGAUGCUAGGGAGGAAGAUGUAGAGAGAUACGCGGCAAGAAACACUCUGUUGGGACUCACCAAAAUGGCGUCUUGUGGGAAAACGGUAAUUGUGUAUUAAUCUAUAGAUUGUGAUGCAGACGUGGGGGUUCUUAUAUUGCCAGUAGGUUUUAGUCAGUGAGCUCUGUAUAUAUAUAUAUAUCUGGAGCGAGAACUUCAGUCAUUCGGCCUAUGAGAAAAGUGAAGCCAUUAAGAUGGCGGAAUUGACGUCAAAAAUCUAUGAAGGUCGCAAAACGUAACGGUUUUCAAACCAUUUUUUACAGCUAAUUCCAGAUCGCUAAACAAGUUUUCCUUCCAUAGUUCUCACUGCAAUACGAACUGAGCGAAAUGAUAUAAUUAUCCAGUAUAUAUGGAGCUCACAGUUUUUGCUAAGCGAUUCAGGGCAGCAGAUGGUGCUCAACUUAAAUGUUGAUUUGUGGUGUAUGUACUCCGGUGAGUACUGAGCCAUCACACCCAUAGGCGUACCGGGCGGGGGGGGGGGCAUGUCGCCAGAAUAAAUUCCGGAAAAAUUUUUUUUGGUACUUGUCGGGCAAAAUCCGGAAAGUCGGGCCAAUUUCGUUCCGCCCCCCUAAAUUUUUCCUUCCGGUACGCCCAUGAUCACACCGGGCAAGAUGAAAAGCAUGCUUCAUUGCGGUGGAAAUCGAACCAGCAACUUUUGUUUUGCUAGUCCAAUGCCAACCAACUGAGCUAUGAGGUCAAGCCGUCGACCUGAUUUGAACUCGUAGCUCAGUUCGGUACAGCAUUAGACUCGCAAACCAAAGGUUGUUGGUGUUCGAUUUCCACCGCGGUAAAGCAAACUUUUAGCUUUCCCGGUGUGGACACACUCAGAGUAAAAUUUGAACAACUUUCUAACUCAACCGGUUGACUGCCAUCUGCUAGACAAGUGUCAUCUGCUAGACAAUACAGCUGAGUAAAACUCACAAAGAAAAAUAUUCUUCCAAUCUAGCGUGGUCUCUGGGCGCUGUUUGGUCACAGUAUGAUGACGUUCAUUCGUGGUGUAACGAAGAAAGAAAGUUGUGUGGGCUUUACUGAAUUUCUUGUAAACGAAUGUAAACUUCCUCCUGAGGGUAAGUUGUAUCAGCACCCUCCCUUUGACAAGUAGAAUGGUAUUGUCCAGUAAUAAUACUGCACAAUUAAGGCUGGUCCUUUUGGACCUCUAGGGGGGGGGGGGUGGCAAGGGGGGAGUUUAGAACUGAUUAGUAUUCUAUAUAUCCAGGACGCAAGAACGCUAACCAAGGAAAUAAAAGAAUAAUCAACAACCGCGUCAUCUCUGCUGAUCAUUUAGUCAACGAUUUGAAAUUUUGGUUGGAAGUUCAACGGUAAUUAUCUUGAAUGACGGUUGUUUGUUUUGCUUUGCUUUUGGUUGUUUAUACGUUUGUCAGACAAAUUGCCUGCUUAAUUUUUUUCAACAGGUUCAAAUCAAUUGCAGACGGAGCCUUGGCAUGUGCCCUGGCUGGGAACUAUACAGUCGAUGAUGAGAAAUUGAUCCGGUUCAAAGCGCGGACUAUAUUGGAUUGCUACCUGGAGUCUGCACUUCCGCCAAGGAUCCAGGUUGGUACGGAACACGCAUAGCGAAGGCUUUUAUUCCAGGGCUCAUACAAGUGGGUUUCAUCAAGUGCAACCAUGCCCGCUAAAGCCCCGUAUAGACGAGCAAGUUUUCUUUACCAAGUUUUAUUUGCUUGUGUGUACGGCAAAAAUCGACAAUUUUUCCUUGCCAAAGAGCCUUGUUCCAAAGCCAGUCUGGCUUUGUCAUGCUGAGUUUUGGACAAGGAAAACUUCGGUUCGCAUGUACGACCGCCAAGGAAAAUUUGAUGAGUGCACAGGAAACACCUCUAUGGUUUUGGCAAACAAAAGGCGGUCUUGAUGUAAGAUAAAUUUUUACAACAUUCGGUUUUACAACAUUCUGUGUGCACACAAGCGACAAAGCUUGUCAAGGGUCAGGGAAACUUGUCAAGGAAUUCGAAAACGUGAUGAUCAUACAUACGAGAAAGUAAAUUUAUCAAGGAAAACUUGUGAAGGAAACUUGUCUCGUCUGUGCGGGGCAAAACGCUUACUGAAAUCCACCACUUGUAUUGGUUUUACUCCAGGUAGUAUCAUUGAGUUCAGUGUCUUUGCGUAUUUCACAGGUCAACAUACCUGUUGAGAUGGCUGAGUCUAUUGGUCAUGAGUUCACUGCGGGUAUUAUUGAUCGUGGUAUGUUCCACGAUGCCGAGAUCUAUGUGUUCUGCACACUCAUUAAUUACUGGAAAAAGUAAGUUGACCGAUGUGCACUAGUGUUAAGCCCCGUUUACACGAGCAAAUUUUAUUUGACAAAUUUCAUAUGUCAGAGAUAUUUUGCUCGUGUAGAUGAUAAAUUUGUGACAAAUUUAUUGUGACAAAUGCAUUUGAACAACAAAUGCUUUUGAUGAAAUGAAAUUUGUCAAAUAAAAUUUGCUCGUGUAAACGGGGCUUUAUUGGUUCUGCGUCUAAUUUCCUAUACGCACAUGGGGUUAGUGUGCGCAUGCUGCCUCUUAUCGGUAAGGCUCUUAUCGGUAAGGCAGCAGUAGCAGUGGCUAGAAAAUAUGCCGUUUACGGUAAACUUUAUUUUAUAGCAUAGGCACAGUUUUGUAACAUUCAAAAUUUCAAACUAUUCAAUAGGCAAUUCCAGCUGCUUUUAGUUUAUGCCUGCAGGGGAUGAUUGGAAGUAAGGUAUCAUAUUGCUGAUUAUGCUGAAAAAUUUCAAUAAAAACUACCGAAGCAACCGAAAUAUUUCAAUAUUUACAAGUGUAAGCUAUCACUCCGUGUUUACACGGCCACAAUUUUUAUUUUUUCAGCAUAAUCAGCAAUGUGAUACCUUACUUCCCAUCGUCCCCUGCACGCAUAAACUAAAAGCUGGAAUUGCCUAUUAGAGGCACUAAUUCAGUUUUCUCUGUCAGGCAGAGCAAAUCAAGCAUUUGCCAAUUUCAGUCCUUUUCAUUCAGUUUUCAUCCAAAUUGAACCAAAAUUUAAUCCAUUUGUCCUUGGUUUAUUAAUAUUGGCCCUACUGACUUUAGCAUUAAUACGUUUGAUAGUUUUUGAAUCAUCGUGUUGACACACACACACACACACACACACAAAUUUACCUCGCCAUUGUGCAAAUGAUCCCCCUUUCGGCUAUUUUUCGUUUUUUGAUUGUUUUGAUAUGUUUAGAUUUUUGGCGAAGGAUACGAGAUUCGACGUCGUAACUGGUAAAGAAUGUGACAAAAAGGAAAAGAGGAGGCAAAGAGCAAAAAGCGAGAAGGAAAUUCAAUAUUUGGAUGGCGUGCCUUAUAAAAGAGUCGCAAUCGGCCCAGGUGAGAAUUUGAGAAGUUAUAAUGUCACGUUCAAUGUAUUACUUUAA